UUGCAGUAAGUUAUCAAUUGACGGGUCGUGGAUACAAAUUCUUGUGAGUUACACGUGAUAAUUGAUAAGAUUUUUUUUUAAAUUGAUUUGGUGCAUUUAUAGCUUUGCACUAGCUUUCAACCGCUUAUGUUUUUUUUUCAAUUUUCAGCACAUUCUUGAUAAUUUCUCGUAAAAAAGCAUACAUCUGACAAUGAAUAAAGAAAACGAGUAGAUAAAUUGAUAAAAUCACACAAGGAAGCCAUUAACAAAUUUUUUAAAGUAAUACGAGCAAUUUAAAGAAUCCGGAUGAGUUGGUGAUAGUCGUAUCUAGACAUGUUAGAAGAAAUUAUUUAAGAUUAUCUCUAAAAGUGUUUAUUGUGAGCGUUGUUUUUGGAUUUACUUUAAAUGUUUAUGGGAAACAAUUUUUAAUACACUGAAUAUUAUAUUUACAAUUUAUAUAUUAAUUAUUUUUUCUUCAAUUAAUGAUCCUAUUUUUAGUUUUGUCACGGGACAAUAAAAUCUCAGAACCGACUCUGCUCGUGGUACAUAGUAAAAUGUUUUUUUUAAGUAGUGAGAGUGUGCAAACCAUGGAAGAGAACAAGACAAGUCGGCACGAAAAUGCAAAUCCAAGAGCUUGGAAAUUUGACUAAUUUUUCCGAAGAGUCAUAGCAAGUUGAAACAUAGUAGAACAAAUCAUUUUAGUAAAUUGAAUGAAGCAGAGCAUAAAAAUUGUAUAGAUAUUAUAUAUUUCUUUUCUUAUUUCUUAAAAAGCAAAAAAGAAAAGAAAAGAAAGGGUCCAUUGGCCAUCUGUUGCGACUACUUGCAAUUUCCCGUUCCUUCCGGUGCCCCUGACAUCUCCGAUCACCCCGUACUGCCGCCGCCGCCGUUUCCUCCUGUCGCCGCCCCCCCCCCUCCUGUCCCACCCCAUCUCCCGCAUCCGCGGCCGCCGUUUUGCGCGGAUCGGGAUGGCGCUCUCCGCCGGCGAUGUACCGACCAUGUACACCGUCCUCGUCAACUCGCUCAGCGUCGACGAGGCGGCGCGGCGGCCGGCGGAGGAAGCUCUCGCGCAGUGCGAGACCCGCCCGGGAUUCUGCUCCUGCCUCCUAGAGAUCAUCUCGGCGAGGGGAUUGGCCUGUCGCGAGGACGUCCGCCUCCUCGCCACAGUGUAUUUUAAGAACAGCAUCAGUCGCUAUUGGAGGCAUCGCCGCGAUUCUUAUGGAAUUAGCAACGAGGAGAAGGACCACCUUCGGAAAAAUCUUUUGCUAAAUAUACGUGAGGAGAAUAGCCAGAUUGCACUGCAGCUAGCUGUACUAAUCUCCAAGAUUGCACGCUUGGAUUACCCAAAAGAGUGGCCAGACCUUUUGUCUGUAUUGGCACAACAGCUGCAGUCUGCCGAUGUUCUUGCUUCACAUUGUGUGUUUAUGGUCCUGUUUCGAACUUUAAAGGAGCUGUCAACUAAACGGCUUGCUGUGGAUCAGAAGAAUUAUGCAGAGAUCACUAGCCACUUGUUUGAGUAUACCUGGAACCUUUGGAAGAGCGAUGUGCAGACUAUAUUACAGAAUCUUUCUAUGAUCUCGCAGCGGAAUGACAUAGAUUCCAUUUUGGAGCAAUCAAACGACCUUAUUUUGAUAUGUUACCGGUGGUUGCUCUGCUUAAAGAUCGUUCGGCAACUAAUUUUUUCAGGUUAUGCUAGUGACUCAAGAACUGCACAGGAAGUCUGGCAGGUCAGGGAAGUUUGUCCAACAGUUUUGACUGCCAUUAAAUCCCUUCUUCCAUAUUACGACUCGUUUAAAGACAAGCAAGCUAAACUAUGGGACUUUACAAAAAGAGCAUGCACUAAAUUGAUGAAAGUCCUUGUUAUUUUACAAGGCAGACAUCCAUAUUCUUUCGUUCACCAAACUGUGCUUCCAGCUACAGUUGACUUCUGUUUGAAUAUGAUUACAAAUCCUGAACAGGCUGGCACAUCUUUUGAGGAGUUUCUUAUACAGAGCAUGGUUUUGGCUAAAUCUGUAUUGGAGUGCAAAGAAUACAGACGAAGUCCCACAGGGCGCGUGAUCAAUGAAAACGCACAGCCUUUAAGUCUGGAGCAAAGGAAGAAAAACUUUGCAGCAGUGGCUAGUGACAUGCUGAAGGUUGUCUUGCCUGGUGAUCGAGUGGUGCUGCUGUGCAACAUUUUAAUAAGGAGGUACUUCAUUUACACAGCAAAAGAUUUGGAAGAGUGGUCAGAGAAUCCUGAAUCCUUCCACCAUGAGCAGAAUUUGGUUCAGUGGACUGAGAAAAAACGGCCAUGUGCUGAAGCCCUCUUCAUUGUUAUCUUUGAGAAGUAUCGAGAGCUACUAGCUCCGGUUGUUGUUUCUGUUCUUCAUGAAGCUAUGGCUGUUUCUUCACCACUAGAAACAAAUAUUACUGCUGGAAUGCUUUUAAAGGAUGCUGCUUAUACAGCUGCUGGGCAUGUUUAUUAUGAACUUUCAAACUACCUCAGUUUUAAUGAAUGGUUCCACGGAUCUCUAUCUAUCGAAAUUUCAAAUCAUCACCCCAAUAUGCGUAUCAUCCGUAGAAAAAUUGCAUUGCUACUUGGGCAAUGGAUAUCUGAGAUCAAGGGUGACACUCGGAAAUUGGUCUACCAUGCUUUGGUUGGAUUGCUGCAGGAUAAUGACAUAGCUGUUAGGCUAGCAGCAUGCUCUUCUCUGUGUUAUCUUUUUCAAGAAUCUAGUUUUUCUGAACUAGAUUUGUUUGAGUGUCUUCCUACAUGUUGGACAAUGAGUUUCAAGUUGAUAGAAGACAUUCAAGAAUUUGAUUCAAAGGUGCAAGUGUUGAAUUUCAUUUCAGUUCUUCUUGAACAUGCGGGAGACAAAGUUAUUCCAUUUGCAAGUCAGUUAUCACAAUUUUUUCAGAUGAUAUGGGACGAAUCUGCAGGCGAAAGUUUGCUACAAAUUCAGUUGCUAACAGCACUUAGAACUUUUGUUUCUUCGCUUGGAUUCCAGUCUCCUCUUUCUUACCACAUGCUUAUUCCUAUACUCCAAAGUGGUGUUAAUAUUGACAGCCCUGAUGCUCUUAAUCUUCUCGAGGACAGUGUUCUGUUAUGGGAAGCAACUCUUUCAAACGCCCCUUCCAUUGUACCUCAACUUCUGGAUUUAUUCCCUUGUCUUGUGGGCAUCAUGAAUAGAAGCUUUGACCAUCUUGAGGUCACAAUCAAAAUAAUUGAGGAUUACACAAUUUUUGGUGGACCAGAAUUUUUGAAAAGCCAUGGUGCAAGUCUAGCGGGCAUCGUUGAUACUAUUGUUGGAAAUGUCAAUGACAAAGGACUUCUCACCUCACUUCCUGUCGUUGAUCUUCUUGUCCAGAUAUUUCCUCUGGAAGCUCCACCAUUGAUAUCCAGUGCUCUUCAGAAACUUAUCUUCAUAUCUUUGAGUCAAGAUGAUGGGCAAAACCCUUGUAGGACAACUGUCCGUGCGUCCUCUGGGGCAAUUCUUGCCAGGCUUCUGGUGAUGAAUACGAACUUUUCAGCACAACUAUUAUCAGAGCCUGCCCUUUUAGCAAGCAUCCAACAAGCCGGGGUUUCUGUAAACAAUAAUCUGCUUCUUUCUUUAGUUGAUAUGUGGAUCGACAAGGUAGAUGAUGCAAAUGCUAUACAGCAGAAGGAGUAUGCAAUGGCUCUCUCUGUAAUGUUGACCUUACAGGUACCUCAGGUCAUCGACAAACUUGAUGACAUAUUGAGUGUCUGCACUACUGUCAUCAUUGGAAGCCGUGAAGUAAAGACUGAGGAUGAUACCAGUGGCGAUAUUACAAGCUCUUCCUGGCUAGGCAAUGAUAAUUCAGGUUAUUCCAAUACUUCAAGCAAAGAGUUGAGAAAGCGCCAAGUAAAGGAUUUUGAUCCUAUCAAACAGGCAUCGCUAGAGAACGUGCUAAGAGAGAACUUAAAAGUAUGUGCAGCUCUCCACGGGGAUGCAGCGUUCAAUGCUGCCAUCAGUAGGAUCCAUCCAGCAGCAUUUGCUCAGUUGCAGCAGGCCCUGAAUACUGCAUAAGAUGCGCAUAGGUCCUACUUGAUUCUUUGGUGUUCUUUUUAAUUUGAGCAUGCUAAGGAACAGGAUUACAGGCAUUCAACAUGAGCCACCAUGGUAUAGGAUGCUGGAUGAUUCAAACACAGUGCUGCUAUUCGAUGCACUGCGUUUUCCAGUCCUGCGGUGAUGUUGAAGGCGGCAUAGGUUGUUGAUUACAGCUGUCGAGUGCCUGAAGUAACGUGUGAGCAUGAAGAGGCGGUAUGGGGUUCUUUAUUUGUUUCCCAAAUUUUGGCUGGGAGCAGUGUUUUUCCAAUGUUUGGGUGGCUCGUGAGGUUUGGGCGUUGCUGUGAGAUAUGAUUGGGGGGCAUGCUACGCAAUUCUUUGUUGUUUGGUGGGGUUGGAUUGGUCAGUGUUAAGGUUGGCAAGAGUUUUUUAAUCUGCGCUUCCAAAAUUGCUGGCUCGUCCAUUUUUCCUCCUGGUGAAUCAUGGCCAGGCAUCCAAAACUGUAAUUGUUGUUUGAGAAGGGAGGUGUCAUGUCAUGUAGAAGAAUACAAUAUUGCUAUGGAAUGGAAAUUUUGUUUUUACUUUUA